CUCUCUCCCUUUAUCUACUCCCGCUUUCCACUUUCCCUUUGUUCCCACAAGCCCACAUUCCUCCUCUCUUUCGCCAUGGCUUCCUCCUCUUGUUGUAUCCUUUUCUUCCUCCUCGCUGUUGCUUCCUCCCCCACGGCCUUCCAAUUGGUCGGCGGCGACGGCCGGAAGGUCGGCGGCCGGACGGAAGUGCCGCAUGUGGAGUCCGACAAGGAGGUGCAGGACCUCGGGCUCUUCUGCGUCGAGGAGUACAACCAACGCCUCCACGGUGGUCGAAGUGAGGCACUGACAUUCUUGCGGGUGGUGGCGGCAGAGCGCCAGGUGGUGUCCGGGAUCAAGUACUAUCUAAAGAUCGCCGCCCGGGACGGCCGCGAGCGGACGUUCGACGCCAUCGUCGUCGUCAAGCCAUGGCUCAAGUCCCGAUCGCUCCUCUCCUUCACGCCCUCCGCCCAUUACUGAGAUCCCGGCCAUCGCAGCUUCGUCUUGAAUAAAUCGUCUGUUUAUUUGUCGGAACAAACCAAAAAGAAAAAUGUUUGAGCUUGAGCUAGGAUGUGUCCGUUCCUUUCUAUUUUUCUUUUUCUAGUUUCUUUUUUUUUUGGCAUGCAACUUUUCGUGGCUAAUAUUUAAAGGUUAAUGGUUCUACGUAUCUAACAAUCCUUUGCUAAUGGUUUAACUCGAUCGUUAAUUAUCAGUUUGAUGGGACUUGGAUUCUGCAUACGCUCGGAGUUGAUUUUUCGUCAACCAGAAGUCCGUCUUUUCUGGUCUCUUUAGGACCGCAAGCUGAGGCCAUCAAGCUUGGUUGACGUAAAAGGUGAAUAUAUGGUAUAUGAUGAGGGAAAAAAAAAAGAAAAUAAUUGGUUCACGUCAAGAAUUGACAAAAAAAAAA